AUGUUUAUGAGGGGCGCCGACCGAACCGUUCCUAAUUGCAAACCAAACGGAAUCGCUUCGGGGUGCGGUGACGUCAUUGGUGCCAGGUUGGAAGUUGUGGAAAUGAAUCCUGGCGACCAGGACCUACUGGUCAGUUAUCAGGAGCAACAGGAGGGAAUUUUCCUCAGGAAUGGCUAUUUGGGGUCCAUUGAGGGACAGGAAGAGGCAGACGAAGUGGUGCCUAACUGGUCAGCCGCCAGAUCUGGGGUUGUGGGCAAGGUGGAACUUGAUGAGCUGCUUCAGACUCGCGUUAAUCCCAAUGAGGUGUACAACAACAGCAGCAAUAACGGUGGCACCGCCGAAUCGACUUCUGAGGCGGACAGCGGCAUCUCCGACGACCAGCGGCCUGACAGUCCACUUCCUGCCGAGGCAACCCCCGCCCGCCUCUUCCAGCUCGUGUAUGGGGUCAGCGUGAAGUCAGAGUCUCCUGGGGCCGAUCUGGUCUCCAUCGAUCUUGGCAGCUGGAACAGCCAGGCGCUCCUGCCCGAGUCUUGCGUAGUGGAUGCCAGCAGGGAACCAGGCACUAUGGAUGAUCUGCCGCAUUUUCCGGAUCUGUUGUUGACUGAGGAGGAGCAGCGAUUGCUGAGCCAGGAAGGCAUCAUGCUGCCUAGCAACCUACCACUGACUAAGGCAGAAGAGCGGAUUCUUAAAAAGGUUCGGAGGAAGAUCCGGAACAAGCAGUCCGCACAGGAAAGUCGCCGUCGGAAGAAGGAAUACAUUGAUGGACUAGAGAGCAGAGUGGCUGCGUGCACCGCUCAAAACCAAGAGCUUCAGAAGCAGGUGGAACAACUUGAACAUCACAACCUGUCUCUGAUCAGCCAACUACGUAGACUGCAGUCUCUCAUCAAGCAGACAUCAAACAAAGCAGCCCAGACCAGCACCUGUGUCAUGAUCCUGGUCUGCUCCCUGAUGUUGCUGAUAUUCCCCAGUUAUAGCCCAUUCAGCCUGGAGACUCCAGUCAAUCCUCAGGGAUACAAACCCACUGGAGUGAUCUCCCGGACAAUCCUGAAUGACCUGGAAUCCUCGCGGAGGUCAGAACACGCUGAGAUGGCGGCGCCGGAUGCCGCAGCUCUGCGGGAGCAGGAGGAGCGGCAGGACCCUGCAGCCCCCCUGCCGAAACCGCCCGUGACCGGAUUCCCACCAGUACCCAACGUUGCCCACCAGGAUGUCAUUCCUUCACUGGAUUCAUCUGACCCUGGCACGGCCUCCAACUCGACCUCUGACCUUCGACCUCUGGGCCACGGUCCAUUACCCAAGGAUUCCGACUCAUCCAAACCGGGGCAUGCGGACGAGAUGUGAUUGGAGACUUAGUGAGCCUUGAUCACUGACUGGUACCCCAUCCCCAUCAGGUGAAUGGGGCAGAAAGCGAUUGGCCGUAGGGAUGUCGUGGCAAUGAACUCAGAGGCCACAUGGACACCGUUCGUGAUCACUUCUCCACUGAAUGGGUCAGGCACUGCCCCGUCUGGGCUCGAGAGAGUAGACACUGUACAGUUUCUGUGCUGGUGUGAUAUUCCUCACUGUGGUGGUGUAUAAAUACUUCCUUCAAACUUCUGCCUGAAAUCUGAUUCAUCCUCUGUCUGUCUCUCACACUUUCUCUGUCCAUCUCUCUCUUUCUCUGUCUGUCUCCCUUUGUCAGUCUGCCUGCCUCGCUGCCUGUUUCCCUCUCUCUGUCUCUGUCAGUCUCUCUCUUCUCUGCCUGUCAUGCUCUCCCUAUCUGUCUCUGUCUGUAUAUCUCUUUGUCUGUCUGUCACUGUAUCUCAGUCUCUCUGGCUUUGUCUAUCUCUCUGUGUCUGUCUGCAACGCUGUCUUCCUGUCUCUCUGUCUGUCUCCCCUGUCCUUGUUAUAGGAUUGUUAUAUCUACAUGAAAUAAAAUAUUUGAUAUUUGCAUAAACUCAACCCCUCCUGUUUCUGAAGAGACCUCUCAUCUGGAUUUAAUAAUGCCAACAGCUUAAUUAAUUCUCUUUCCUGGUAUUUUGUGGACAGCUUGGGUGUGAAUGAUUUUUACAUGGGGAGGGUGGUGAUCCUUUGUGGUAAAAGGCACUAUCUUAUUGGGGUCCAGUGCCCAGCAGGACCUGUUCCCAGAAUUCCAGCAUGGCCAUUCAUUAAGCUUGUUAUCUCUUUAUGUGCUUUGAGCACAGACUUUUUUUUUAGCUCUCACAAGGAAAUCUGCAGAUGCUGGAAUUUCAAGCAACACACAUAAAAAUUGCUGGUGAAUGCA